CCGGAGCUGCCCUCCCUGGCCUCCCGCUCUCCAGCCCCGAUCCCGAGGCCGCGCAGCCCCGCUCGGGCGCCCGUCUGCCCCACCCCGCCCCAUGGCUUCUCCGGACGACCCUCUGCGCGCAGAUCAUACGGCAAAGGAGCCGGUGGAAGACACAGACCCUAGCACUUUAUCCUUUAACAUGUCAGACAAAUAUCCCAUUCAAGAUACGGGACUCCCUAAAGCUGAGGAAUGUGAUCCCAUUACGUUGAACUGCCCAACAGAUUCUGAUGUGCAACAUCAGGGAGAAGAAAAUGGCUUUCCAGACAGUACUGGAGAUCCCCUUUCAGAUAUAAGCAAAGGCGAGUCCUGCAAGGAGAACUGUACUUGUCCCGCCUGCUCGCUCCGGGCCCCGACCAUAAGUGACUUACUCAAUGAUCAGGACUUGCUUGACGUCAUCAGGAUAAAGCUGGAUCCAUGUCACCCGACAGUAAAAAACUGGAGGAAUUUUGCCAGCAAAUGGGGCAUGCCCUAUGAUGAACUGUGUUUCUUGGAGCAGAGGCCUCAGAGCCCCACCUUGGAGUUCUUGCUGCGGAACAGCCAGAGACCAGUGGGCCAACUGAUGGAGUUGUGCAGAUUCUACCACAGGGCUGACGUGGAGAAGGUCCUGCACAGGAAAGAAGAUAUACGGAUGGCAAAGAAGCCCAUAAAAAGAUGCUCCACAUCAUAUGUCAUCAGGGAAUUGCAAAUGGAAACAAGAGACCACUACACACCUCUUAGAAUGGCCAAGAUCCAGAACACUGACACCACCAAAUGCUGGCAAGGAUGUGGAGCUAUGGGAACUCUCCUUCAUUGCUGGAGGGAAUACAAAACAAUUCAAACAUUUUGGAAGACAGUAUGGAAGUUUCUUAUAAAACUAAACAUACUCUUACCAUAUGAUCCAGCAAUCACACUCCUUGGUACUUACCCAAAGGUCCACACAGAAGCCUGAACACACAUGUUUAGAGCAGCUUUAUUUAUUUAUUUUUUUAAAAAAGCUAUACCUCCAACUGUGUACGAGAAAAACAUGUUGGUCAGAAAAGGAGGACUUUAUAACCUUGAAUGAAAGCAGGAACACUCUUCUUAACUCUGGCCAAGUCAGGAAACCCAAAUUGCAGCUCUAUAUCACUGUUUCAAUUACGCUUUUGAGGGUGCCCUAUUGGGAUGCCUGGGUGGCUCAGUCAUUUAGGCAUCUGCCUUCAGCUC